AUGAUGAAUAGAUAUGAGUCUGUAUUCAGCGACGGUAUUGGUCACGCUAAAGGCUUCAGUGCGAAAUUAACGCUGAAAGACGAUGCCACACCCAAGUUCAUGAAGGCAAGGUCGGUUCCGUUUUCAAUGAAACCAAAAAUCGAGAAAGAACUUGACAACCUUGAAAGACAAAGGAUAAUAACGAAAGUAAAUACCAGCGAAUGGGCUACACCAAUCGUACCUGUUUUGAAAUCAACGGGAGAUGUCAGGAUUUGCGGAGAUUUCAAGGGCACGGUCAAGCAGGCGCUGAAGGUUGACAAGUAUCCACUUCCACGUGUUGAUGACAUUUUCGCUAAUCUGUCACAGGGACAAAAAUUCACGAAACUGGAUUUACGCCAGGCGUACCUACACUUGGAGCUCGACGACGACAGCAAGGAGUUACUGACAAUCAAUACACAUCGGGGACUAUACCGCUAUAACCGGUCUGUGUAUGGAAUUUCCUCACUUCCAGCGAUAUGGCAGCGCACAAUGGACACAAUACUUCAGGGAAUUCCGAGAGUACAGUGUAUACUGGAUGACAUGAUUGUCACAGGGGACAGUGAUCAAUCGCACUACGAAAACCUUGAAAAAGUGUUAUCACGCUUGAGUGAUUAUGGAUUAAAAGUUAACAAAGAUAAGUGUCAAUUCUUUCAGGACAAGGUUACAUAUUGUGGUCAUGACAUUGAUAAAAUAGGAUUGUGGAAAUGUAAUGACAAGAUUCAGUUGGUGCUCGACACACCUGUACCACAUGAUGUAACUUCAUUGAGGGCUUAUCUUGGGGUUUUAAACUACUAUCACAAAUUUCUGCCAAAUCUUGCAACCGUUGUAAGUCCGUUAAACGCACUUCUCCAGAAAAAUCAAAAGUAUAAAUGGUCAGAUGAAUGUGACAGGGCGUUUAAUGAUUCGAAGCGCUUGAUCACAUCAGAGCCCGUGCUAACACAUUACAAUCCGGAACUUCCGGUACGGCUCGCAACGGACGCAUCCCCUGUCGGUAUUUCCGGUAUAUUGUCACAUGUUAUGCCGGACGGCUCCGAAAGGCCGAUAGCAUUCGCGUCGCGUUCCUUGACAAAGACGGAACGUAAGUAUGCGCAAAUAGACAAAGAAGCGUUAGGGAUUCACUGGGCAGUAAAACGUUUUUACACGUAUUUGUAUGGCAGACAUUUCACUCUAGUGACAGAUUGCCAGCCGCUCACUUCGAUUUUUAACCCUGGUAAAAGCAUACCGGUUACCACCGCGGCACGUGUUCAAAGAUAUGCGUUAUACUUGUCGGGAUUUCAUUACGAUGUUGAGUACAAGAAUACUAAGCGACAAACGAACGUAGAUGGCUUGUCUAGAUUGCCGGCGCCGCACACCGCCGAAAAUUAUGAUAAUGAUAUUGAAGAAGUGUUUUACACCUCUCAAAUUGAUCAGUUACCGGUCACAAGUUCUCAGAUUCGCAGAGAAGCUCAGCGCGAGCGUUUGUUAUCGCGUGUUUUCAGUUAUGUAGAAAACGGCUGGGACGAAAAGAUUAAUGACCCUCUGUUGAAAAGCUAUUUCUCGCGUAGGAAUGAAUUCGCAAUUCAUCAUGGUUGUUUGAUGUGGGGAAACCGGGUAGUAAUUCCAAUCAAAUUACGGUCUAAGGUAUUAGACACAGUUCAUUCAGGGCAUCCUAGAAGUUACAUAUGGUGGCCCGGUAUUGAUAGUGACAUUGAAUCUCUGGUCAAAAGAUGUAAUGGGUGUCAGAUGGAACAAAGACAGCCAGCACAUGUUUACCCACAUCCGUGGGAAUGGCCGAGUUCCAGCUGGGAACGAAUACACGUCGAUUUUGCUGGCCCAUUUUUAGGACGAAUGUUUAUGGUAAUUGUCGAUGCACAUAGCAAAUGGCCAGAAGUUAUAGAAAUGUAA